AGAGGAUUGGGAGGGGGAGGAGAGAGAAUGACAGGUGCAGGAGGUGAGGGAGAGGGAGAGAGAGAGAGAGGUGGAUCUCAGUCCCAUUUCGUCGCGGUGGCCAUUGACAAAGACAAGAGCAGCCAGUAUGCAGUAAAGUGGGCUGUUGAACACCUCCUCCGAAAGAAUCAGAUCCUCCUCCUCCUCCAUGUCCGGAACAAGGCCAUCCCUGUGCACCACAGCUUCUCCAUCAGUGAAGCCGUCCAAGACACACACCUUGAACAGGUUGAGGCUGACAUGCAACAGCUCUUCCUUCCCUAUCGCGGUUUCUGUUCUCGAAGACAGAUGCAGCACAAGGAGGUGGUCUUAGAGGACUAUGAAGUGUCCAAGUCUAUUAUUGAAUACUUAACAAACAGCUGCAUCGACAGCAUCGUAGUGGGUUCCUCGUCCAGGAAUGCCUUAACAAAGAAAUUCAAGCCACCAGAUGUUCCGAGCUGCCUCACAAAGGGAGCACCUGAGUUCUGCACAGUAUAUGUGAUAUGCAAAGGGAAGGUGCAAUCCCUCCGAUCUGCUUCGAGGCCUGCACCUGGCAGCAGCAAGCAAGCCCCCCAAUCCCAAUCCGCAGCGGUACCCACCCCUCCUGCUCCUAAGCCUGAACCAGUCGUCAUCGAGACUGACGAUGCCAUCAGGACACCUUUUGGAAGGGGAUGGAGAGCACCCCCGUCCCCAGGCCCUCGAGGCUCAUUUGAGAGGACAAACGAGAACAGAGCCACCCUCAACAGGCCCCUCGCCUCCACAAAGAGCGCACCCCCCUUCCUUUUGCCCCCUGACCAACUUGAGACACCAAGGUCUUCCAAUUGCUCUGACAAACUCUUGGGAAUGGCCAGGCAAUCUUUCGAUUCCCCUCAAAGCAGCAUGGGCAUGGGCAUGGGCAUGGGCAUGGGCAUGGGCAUGGGAAUGGGUAUGGGAAUGGGAAUGGGGGGUUAUCAUCAAUCGAUCGACUUCACCUCCGACCAGCUCGAGUUCUCUGCCACCUCCAUUGAUAGUCCAAGAAGCUCCUUCUCAGCACAAAACCCAAAAGAUGUGGAAGCGGAAGUCAGGAGGCUAAAACUGGAACUGAAGCAAACCAUGGACAUGUAUAGUUCAGCUUGCAAGGAAGCAAUCACAGCAAAACAGAAGGCAAGGGAGCUUAAUCAAUGGAAGUUGGAAGAAGCAAGAAAAUUCGAAGACGCUCGACACGCAGAGGAAACUGCAUUGGCCAUUGCAGAGAUGGAGAAGGCCAAGUGCAGGGCAGCCUUGGAGGCAGCUGGCGCGGCUCAAAGGCUCGCCGAAAAGGAAGCUCAAAAGAGAAUGUCUGCUGAGAUGAAGGCCAAGAGAGAGGCAGAAGAGAAGAAAAAGGCUUUGGAUGCUCUAGCACAUUCUGACGUCCGAUAUCGCAAGUAUACAAUUGAGGAGAUCGAGCUGGCCACUGAAUACUUCUCAGAAUCCCUCAAGAUUGGUGAGGGUGGGUAUGGACCAGUGUAUAAAUCGACUCUGGACCAUACACCAGUGGCCAUCAAGGUUCUUCGCCCUGAUGCAGCUCAAGGAAGGAUGCAGUUCCAGCAAGAGGUGGAGGUAUUAAGCUGCAUAAGGCACCCAAACAUGGUGCUCCUCCUAGGGGCGUGCCCUGAGUACGGGUGCCUUGUGUACGAGUAUAUGGCCAAUGGCAGCCUCGACGACCGCCUCUUCCGCCGUGGCAACAGCCCAAGCCUUCCAUGGCCCCUACGCUUCAAAAUAGCAGCUGAGGUAGCAACUGGCCUCCUCUUCCUCCACCAAACCAAACCUGAGCCCCUUGUCCACAGGGACCUCAAACCCGCAAAUAUUCUUCUCGAUCGCAACUACAACAGCAAAAUAAGCGAUGUCGGCUUAGCUCGCCUUGUCCCACCCUCCGUCGCUGACAGUGUAACCCAGUAUCGAAUGACCUCAACAGCUGGGACCUUUUGCUAUAUUGACCCGGAAUACCAACAAACUGGGAUGCUUGGAAUAAAGUCGGAUAUAUAUUCAUUGGGGGUGAUGUUGCUUCAGGUUAUCACAGCAAAGCCACCUAUGGGGCUUACACACCAUGUUGAGAGGGCCAUUGAUAGGGGAACAUUUUCUGAGAUGCUUGACCAGACAGUGCCCGACUGGCCUGUUGAGGAGGCAUUGAGCUUUGCGAAGCUUGCAUUGCGUUGUGCUGAGUUGAGAAGGAAGGAUAGGCCAGAUCUUGGGACCGUGAUUUUGCCAGAGCUUAACCGGUUGAGAAAUCUUGGGAACGCAUAUGCCGCCAAUGCAUACUCCCCAAGGAGUCAGGAGGUAAUGAGCUUCCCAGGAAUGGCACAAUGGAGAUCUAGCAUAGACUAUGGUACAAGCUCAAGACCAACGGUUGGCAGCAGUGGGAGUGGUGAGGCACCCAUGUCCCCUCAAGGAUCAAGAGUGAUGCCAGGGAAUAUGACCCCUUAUGAGAACACAGGAUUGAAACACUGAUGAUGUUGGCGAAUGAUGUGCAUGGAAUUGAAAAGGGAUGUCUCUUUGGUAACAUGUGGUAGAGAUUGGUUGGGAAUGAAUUGGUGGAAGGAUAUGGCAGCAAGCGUGCUUGCAACCCUGAUUUCUGUUAAUUUUGAGAGUUUGUAUUCAGAAGGUUUUCAUGGGCUUCAUCUUCCUUUCGAGAUACCCAAUGUUGCAUCAACAAGAAGCAGAUGAGUAAAUAAAUCCUCUCUUGCAUCAACAAGAAGCAGAUGAGGAAAUAAAUCA